AAUAGACAUGCACAGGACACGUGUUACUAGAGUUUGGAGAGGAUUAAGAAAAGUAAAUACGGAGAGAGAAGCGGUGCAGCGUGUCUUCCAAAUGAAGGAACACUCUGCGGUUAAUAAAUUCUGCUUCAUGACAAAGCUUUCAUUCAUAUUCCAAAGUAAGAAAGAAUCCGAAUGAGAAAAACCUCUUCUUCCAUUAUAACUACAUCCCUUUGCUUCUUCUUCUUCUUCUUCUUACUCUUCUUCACUCUUCCAUCUUCGCUCGCUGACUGCUUGCACUACGAUCAUCACGCGCCGAUGGCCACGCUCGGAGGCGUCCACGAUUCCCAAGGAUCUCAGAACAGCGGCGAAAUCGAAGCCCUCGCUCGAUUCGCUGUCGAUGAACACAAUAAGAAACAGAAUGCACUUCUCGAGUUUGCAAGGGUGGUGAGGGCGCGCGAACAGGUUGUUGCUGGUACCCUGCAUCACCUUACCCUUGAGGCUAUUGAUGCGGGUGAGAAGAAGAUCUACGAAGCCAAGGUGUGGGUGAAACCCUGGAUGAACUUCAAAGAACUCCAAGAGUUCAAGCCUGCUGAUGAUGCACCAUUGUUUACCAAUGCUGAUCUUGGUGUCAAAAAGGAUGGACACAAACCAGGAUGGCAAUCUGUGCCAACACAUGACCCUCAAGUUCAGGAUGCAGCAAAUCAUGCUAUCAAGACCAUCCAGCAGAGGUCUAAUUCACUAGUUCCCUAUGAGCUUCAUGAGGUUGCUGAUGCAAAGGCUGAGGUCAUCGAUGAUUUUGCUAAGUUUAAUAUGCUCCUCAAGGUCAAGAGGGGAAACAAGGAAGAGAAAUUCAAGGUGGAGGUACAUAAGAAUAACCAAGGGGGGUUCCAUGUAAAUCAGAUGGAACAAGAUCAUUCCGAACUGUGAUCUUAGGCUUGGACGCAGUAGCAAUAUCUAGCCUGAGUGGCUCCUAAACUUACAGUUUUUAUUUUAUUUAUGUUGGAUGUACGCAACUUUUUUUUUUCUUCUCUCUGUUACAUAUAAUACUUAUCAGGUAUUGCCUAAAUUAUUCACAUCUCAAUUUUCAAGUAUGUUGCUGUUUACCCCUUUCUCUACCUUGGCAACUAAUUCUUAUUUUCCAACUUUAGUGGCAUAUUUAAGGAAGCUACCAGUAAAUGUAUCACAUCAAUAACCUAUAUGUGGAUAUUUCACCGUUCAUUUU